AUGGCUGAAAAGAUCAAAGCUCACGAACUCAGAAAGCAAAAGAAGACCGAGUUGUUGGAACAACUCAACACCCUCAAGACUGAGCUCUCCUCACUCAGAGUCAACCAAGUUAAGGCUGCUGCUCCAAGCAAGCUCGCCAAGAUUGGUAUCGUCCGUAAGUCAAUUGCUCGUGUUUUGACUGUUUUCAACACCCAAAGAAAGAACCAAUUGCGUACUUAUUACAAGGGUGCUGCCAGAAACCAAUUACCAACUGAUCUCCGUCAAAAGAAGACCAGAGCCAUCAGAAGAAGAUUGACCACUGCUCAACAAAACGCCGUCCCAGUCAAGGUUUUGAAGCAAAGACAACACUUCUCCCCACGUGUCUUCGCUGUUAAGGCUUAA